AUGCGCCUCCUACAAGUUGGCCGCUACAAUGAGCUGGUGUUGACCAAGGAUGUGACCACGCCACCCGGUCCCUAUGCUAUCCUCUCCCAUACUUGGGGUGCCGACGAGGAGGAGGUCACUUUCGAUGACAUGGAAAACAAGACGGGCGCGGGCAAGACCGGAUAUGUCAAACUGUGGUUCUGUGCCAAUCAAGCCAGGAAAGACAGGCUGGAAUACUUUUGGGUCGACACCUGCUGUAUAAACAAGCAGAGCAGUGCCGAGCUCAGUGAGGCUAUAAAUUCGAUGUACAACUGGUACCAUGGUGCGAAGCGUUGCUACGUUUACCUUAACGACGUGGUGGGAACAACGUGGAAGAAAUCCAUUUCGAAAAGCAGAUGGUUCAAGCGUGGAUGGACUCUGCAAGAGCUCCUUGCUCCACGGAGGGUUAUUUUCUACGAUCGACUCUGGCGACGUUUAGGCAGCAAAUCUGCUCUAGCUGGACGAAUUGCUUCAAUCACCCGUAUACCUGCGACGGCUCUCACAUCAAGGAAUCUGACAGAGUACUCCGUUGCUCAGAAAAUGUCUUGGUCUGCUAGAAGAGUCACAACCCGUGCUGAAGACGGCGCAUACUGCUUGCUGGGCUUAUUUGGUGUGAAUAUGCCACUUCUUUAUGGUGAGGGACAGCGAGCAUUCUUUAGACUUCAGGAAGAGAUCGUCAAGUAUAACGAUGACCAUUCCAUCUUUGCUUGGUCCAUGAAGGAAAUCAAGUUUUCCGGUCUACUUGCUCCUAGUCCGGUCUACUUCUCCAGAUGUCAUUGUGUAACAUCAGGAGAGUCUUUAGACGGGCGUCGGCCUUUUGCGAUGACGAAUCGUGGCCUCUCAAUCAGUUUGAAAAUCACUCCAUGGGCAGCUGAUACGUAUCUAGCAUACAUUGACUGUACAGAUCGAAUUAUGGACCAAGAGCCAGCUGCUAUGGGUAUCUUUAUCAGGCGCCUUUCCCAAGAAGAUCAGUAUACAAGAAUUAAUAUCCACCAAGACGGGCUCUGGCGUUACAGCCGGAAAGCGUCUCAAAGCCAAGAUGGGCCGGCAGAAGAGAGACUGCUGUAUAUACGCCAGAAUUUGAGCACUGAUAUUGAGAGACCGUAUCUCAACAAAAACAGAUACGGAUUCAGACUUACACGUGGCUGGCUGCCACCUUCCACCCGAAUGCACGCGCGAAAUCCUUCGAGAGACCGUCAUUCAGCAAUCUUGCACCCAGGUCAAUGGGGUGCUGUUCUCGUACUAGAGUUUUCUCUCACGAGCAGCAGCCUACGACAUGCUGCCUUAGGAUUCGACUUCGACUUAUAUCCAGUGUGCCUUCUCAGAGACUCAUUCGCAGGUGACGAGGAGCCGGACUUUGUGCGACACGCACCGAAUGAAUGGUCGCACUUGUUCAUGCAUUCUAUGGAUCGCGAAGAAAUCUUUGAAGGUAGCAAGGUCUAUCGACGAGCCAAUCAUCGCGGAAUUUGGAUUUUGGCGGGUCAUCGAUCAAGAGGCCUUGAUGCUUGCUUGUACGCAGGACUGUUAGACAUGACCGGUUCAAUUCUUACCCUUAAGCGGGAUACAUCAAAGGUACGGCCGCACUGGGAACUUCAUAUCGACAACUUGGACGGUCCUUUCCGCAGGCGUGUUCUAGAAGGUCGGCGUAACAACUGCUCCGGUUGCAUCCACUCACCAUCAUUCAAGCAGGAGCAUACGUGUGGCGGGGACAUCGCAGUCUGA